AUGGCUUCUCACGCGCAGAAUCUCGCGGCUCUGUGGGAGAUGGCCAUCGGCCAUGCGACUUCUUUCGGGAUCAAGGCCGCGGUUUUUCUUAGAAUUCCAGACAUUCUCUCCGAUUCUUUGGAGAAAUCUAUGAGCUUGGAAGAAAUCGCGGCCCGGCUCCAAGGCACAAACAUCCAACUAGCCCCUCUUCGUCGUCUCCUCGACUACUUGGUGGUAAAGAAAGUUCUUCUAAAGAUUCAAUCUCUGGAAGUUCCAGGCGAAUUCAAGUAUGGAAGCACCGAGCUCUGCGAGAUGCUCACUGAAUCGAAGUUUGCUCGGCUGCUCAUGCUGCAAGACGAGGUCGUAACUUCAGGGUGGCAUCACAUACACGAAUUCAUACUUCACGGUGGCGAGGUCCCCUUCCAGAGAGCCCAAGGGAUGUUUAUCUGGGAGUACAUGGAGAAAAAUCCAGAGUUUCUGGGGCUUUUUAGCCAGGGAAUGGUGGCCAUCUCCAAUGUUACCAUGGACUCGGUUCUACAAACUUAUCAUGGUUUUGAUGAGAUUAGAGGAGUUUUAGUGGAUGCGGGAGGAGGUUUUGGAGCCGAUAUUGGCAGGGUUAUGGAAAAGUAUCCCCACAUUGCUGGUGUGAAUUAUGAGCUUCCUCAUGUUGCCCACGCUGCUCCAGCCAUUCCAGUGAUUCUUGUUCUCCAAAACUGCUACAAGGCACUUCCCCAUGGAGGAAAGCUGAUAAUUGUUGACAUUGACAUGGAUCCAGCAGAAAGAGGACCAUUCGAAUCACUCAAAUUUGCAUUCGACUUGGUCCUCUUGGCCCUCACCAAAGGAGGCAAAGAGAGAACAAGCGUGCAGUUCAUAGAGCUCCUCACUCAAGCACAGUUUAGUAACAUCAAAACUAUAGGUGAUGUGAAUUGUCUCUGCUCUAUAGUGGAGGCUCAUAAGCUCGAGACUUAG